ACUUGCUCUCAAACAAAAUUUUCAUUUUCCUCCUCUCCAUUUAGCACUCGCCAAACGCUCUCUCCAGAUUCUCUCGUACAAAGAUCGAAGAUGGCGCUAUCCACAGGCCGAAGAACCGUCAAUCAUCUCUUGAAACCUUUAACGGCGGCGGUAUCCGCCACGCGCCACGUAUCAUCGGAUUCGACCGCCACAAUCACGGUAGAAACCAGCCUCCCAUUCACCGGCCACAAGAUCGAUCCUCCAUCCCGCACCGUUGAGACAAGCGCUAACGAACUCAUGACUUUUUUCAAGGACAUGGCGGAGAUGCGGCGGAUGGAGAUCGCCGCGGAUUCGCUCUACAAAGCAAAACUCAUCCGUGGAUUCUGCCAUCUCUACGACGGACAAGAAGCCGUCGCUAUUGGCAUGGAAGCCGCAAUUACCAAAAAGGAUUGUAUAAUUACAGCUUACAGAGACCAUUGCAUCUUCCUUGCCCGCGGCGGAGGGUUAUAUGAGUCAUUUGCGGAACUUAUGGGAAGGAAAGAUGGAAGUUCGAAAGGUAAAGGAGGAUCCAUGCAUUUUUAUAAGAAGGAUAGUGGAUUUUAUGGAGGUCAUGGUAUUGUUGGUGCUCAAGUUCCUUUAGGGAUUGGAUUGGCAUUUGCACAAAAGUAUUCGAAAGAGGAGCAUGUAACUUUUGCCAUGUAUGGUGAUGGUGCCGCUAAUCAAGGGCAGUUGUUUGAGGCUUUGAAUAUGGCUGCUUUGUGGGAUCUUCCUGCUAUUCUAGUUUGUGAGAAUAACCACUAUGGAAUGGGGACAGCAGAAUGGAGAGCUGCAAAGAGUCCAGCUUAUUACAAAAGAGGAGAUUAUGUUCCUGGUCUGAAGGUAGAUGGUAUGGAUGCCCUUGCUGUUAAACAAGCAUGCAAAUUUGCUAAGGAGCAUGCCCUCAAGAAUGGACCAAUUAUUCUUGAAAUGGACACCUAUAGGUACCAUGGUCACUCUAUGUCUGAUCCUGGGAGCACUUACCGAACUCGUGAUGAGAUUAGUGGUGUUAGACAGGAACGUGAUCCUAUUGAAAGAAUCAGGAAACUCAUAUUAGCUCAUGAUAUAGCCACAGAGAAGGAGCUGAAGGAUAUCGAGAAAGAAAAGAGAAAAAUUGUAGAUGAAGCCAUUGCUAAAGCAAAGGAGAGUCCCAUGCCUGACCCUUCUGAGCUCUUUACCAAUGUAUAUGUGAAAGGGUUUGGAGUUGAGGCAUGUGGAGCAGAUAGGAAAGAAGUCAGAGCUACACUUCCAUGAGGGCUGCGUUUGCAUAUUUUUUGAUCGCCUUCUCAUAUGCACAAGGGAUAAAGCUAUAACUACAGCAAAUAAUUGUAAUAGUAAAAUCAUUGGGCUUCAUCAUGCAUAGUAACUGAAAUGGUUUUAUCUUAAAUGUAGGAAAUUGCUUUUCUUUGUUAAUGUUUUCUUUCUCUAACUGUAAUCAUUGGGCUGGUGUAUCUUUUCUACACGUUCCAUCUUAGAUGGUAAUAAAUUUGAGUAUAGCACCAUUGAACGGUGUUUUCAGCUUGAA